GUGCGCUACUCGGACGGCCGCAUCCACGUGCUUGUGUUUACUGCUUGCUUACCUUUUGAUCUGUGUCAAUGUGUAUAGCCUUCAAAGCUGUUGACGUUGUGUCGCUCCUGAAAUGCUAAACCAGAGAGACCAAUUUUUGAUUGUCCGUAAAGUUUCCGUUGACGCGUAGUGACUGAUUGACGUGACUGACUGACAUCUCGUCAAUUUUCCCGUGGACACUUUCCAGCAUAAGAGAAGCCGAGUUGGAAGCAUCAUGGCUCUCGCAAACACUUUGCUGUACGAGCUCACCAAUAACAGCGUAAGCAGGAGCAUCGAGCUUGUUCAACUGGCGCUACGUUCCCCUGUCUACAUACCUCAAAAACGAGAAAUCAUCGUCUCGUGGAUCUGUCGAACUGUCGAGAAUCGACAAAGCUCGAAGUUGACAAGCGAUGAAGCUGGUACUCUUUGGAACAUACUCCUGUCGUUGGUCAACGAUAUGCAGCCUCUUGAGGUUGCUAUGGUUGUACAGGACUCGUUCCUGCAGGCAAUCCAAGAGGAACUACAACAGCUUGCAAAGACUGAUUAUGCAGAAUGUCUUCUGGAAACAAUGACUGCUCUCAUCCAGAAAGCACCACAGAGCACGCUAAUCCUGAAGCUACCAGCUGUGGUGGAGCUCCUGUCUGUAACACUGAAACAGUGUCGCCUGUGCACAAAGAAGGCUGAAUUGCUUGACCAUUUGUGCCUCACCGCAUCUGCGUUGAUGGAGGUUGUAAUAGCACCGUGGUAUCAAAAUCCAUGCAGGACACAGGAGGCAUUUGGUCAUCUGAAACCAUUGCUCGGAAACAUGAUGUACAUUUUGCACUUCAAGAAAGCAGACGCAUCAGAAGCUGUACAGAAGGUGCACAUGACUAUAAAGAAAUUUGUGCACAGCUGCUUCUUCUUCAGGAGCAAUGUCACUACCUGGCUGACAGCUCUGUACGAAUAUCUCCGUAUGGAUGGCUGGAACGCCGUAGUUCCUUUCAGCGAAGAGCAGCUGGAGCAAUUCAAGAAACGCAAGGGGAAAGCGGAGGAAGAUGAACCUGAAGAUGAGCCAGAAGAUGGAAAUGUAAAAGUAGAUGAAAAGAUGGUGGAAGUGCUGCAGGCUGAGCCCCAUAGGCAGGCAAUGGCGCGGAAGGGUGAUGAAUACCUGCUGGAACAGCUCAUGGAAUUCCUCAGCGUUGUACUAAAAGACGAGGAGGAAUCAUCUAAGACACCUCCAGCAAACUACUUGCCAGAGUUCUUUGCUGUAUUUCUUGAGGGCCUCAUCGCUUCUAACAAAACUGAAGACCUGCAGUCUAAUACGGUACUGUUGGCUUACUUUGCCUACCAUCUCGGUGUCGAGUGCUCUACAUUCAGUGGUACAGUGCCCAUGGACAUGGCGCUGAGUCAAGAGCAGCGACUCUACUACCUUAACAAACUCCUGGAAGUGUACCAGGCCAGUGAGCAGUACUGCCUAGUCGUGGUGAUGCCUCAGUUCAAGCGCAGUCUGUUCAAGCCGCGCCGCUGGUUCGGUGAGCUCGCUGACAAGCUACAGUCUCUGGAGUACACAAAUGCUGCCUGGUUCCAGUGCCUGGGUACCAUCAUGAGGAUUGCACCCAAUCUCGUCGAAGGCAGCAUGAUCAAAACUCUGCAAAAAUGCUGGGAGGUUUGUGGGCAGCAUCAACCAGGCCUUAUGAAGGCGAGGAACUUGCUUCUAGAGAGCAUCCUUGCCACCUACACCGAACUGUUUCGAGUGCCGAAGCUCGUCCGGAACAUUUUCUCAUCGUUCACGAACCUGAGCAACCCGCUAGCGCAGACGAGCAUCCCAGUGUGUUUCCUGCACAAGUUCGCUGAAUGCUGCAUCAACCUCCCUCCCGGCCAGUUGACCGACACGUGGCAGUUUCUUGUAAUCCAACUCGGCUACUGGACGACAGGGAAUACCGAGGGAAACAUGUCUGAAGGUGAAGUGCCUGAAAAACAGGAGAACCAUCUACCCAAGAUCCUUGUUGUGACAGAAAUCUUCCGAACAUUUGCCCACCACAUCCAGGUGGUCAACCCAACCAUGCCGCCGUUGUACGUAACAAAAAUCUGCGAGCUGAUGCAGGCCACCCGUGAGCUCGCCACUCAGAUGCUGGACGUGAGCAUCGAGAAGCAAAAUAAGCAACGUGCCCGAUGUGCCCUGUCUGUGUUUCACCUGUGGGGAGAGCUCCAUCUUGUUCUCUGCCUAUACCGGAGGAGUUAUGGUGAAGCAUACACAGCUCCCAAGCUGACGGCACCACUGGAGGCCACCGACCUUUCUUUCCUUCAUCCUUCCCUCACAGCCGACAAUAUGGAGUCCCUGUUGAACAUGAUGAAAACAGACAACACAAAGCUCAUAUGUCACCACCUCAUGCUUCUGUGGAUUCAAAAGAUUAGGGCACUUGUCCUUUUUACCGACGUUACCAACGAACAUCUCGAAGCGAGUUUGCAAGCUACGGCCAAGUUGGUUUUCUCCUACGUUGACAUGACUGUGAGCACUUCAGUCUGGUCACAGAGGGUUUGUGAACUCUCAGAAAGCCGUUUUCCUGUGGCUUCGUUGCACACACUGUUGAUCAACUUCCCCCUGCUGUCCCCUUACUUGCCAGCUAAGAAUGUCACAGCACUCUGCCAAUUCUUCUUGGAAGUGAUGGCACACACAAAAGGCAAAGAUGUGGUUGACAGCAACAAGAAUGCCCUCAGUCAAACAAAAAUUGUCACCACCUACCUUGGAAGCCAAGCAUUCAUCGAAUGCAAGUUGGCUCAGACAUGCUACGUCACAGCUCUGUGGGGACGUGUUUCUGCAAUGUUCAAAGCUAGAAAAAGGAAGCUCGACUCUGAAGAAGAUCCCAAAGGUCCGUGUCAGGCACUCAUGGACACCCUUUCGGGACCGGUGAAGUGGGAAAAGUAUGCAGAGACUGUCCCGCAGGCCGACUACAGCUCAAAACAGCUACUGUCUUCUGAAGGCCUCAACAAGAUGUGGGCAGCCAUUCGUGCUGCCUCUGAAAAGCUGGCAGUCAUCAUUUCCACAAGCUCCGAGAAUUUCAGCGAGAAAAUCAUUGUGGCGGACGUCUUGUUUUUGUUGGAGGCUUUGGAUCACCUCCCCCUGGGCAGCCUGUUUCCAGGGAACCAGUUACGGUGUAUGCUUGGCCUUCUUGCCGUCAUCUUUGUGCUUGAGGGAGCAGCAGAGAACAAAAGUGGCCCCCUUUGGGAGAAAAGACUGGCAGCCGUGAAAAGUGCAGUGGGAACCUUCUGUGCACUGUUGCAGAGCCCCAGGAGGUCCUGGCUUCUUGACUUUGUCAAUGGAGGAGCCCUGAUAAGCAGGCUUGUUGCAGCCUUCCAAGGCAACCUGUGUCAGCUGGCUAGAGCAAUGGGUCGGUAUGAUGACAGAUCUAGCGGCGAUUUGCCAGGUUUAAGAAGCGGAACCAAGCGGCUGCACUUCCAUUCUGGCGGCACCAAACCCUUCCUCCAGGACUCGUUGUACAUACUUAGCAGCAUGCGUCGCGCCUUCUCUCCAAGGUUUCCGAGCGCUGAAUAUGUCACACCAUCAGGCCCCGGAGAUGAUGAGCGCCUGCAGCUUGCCAGUGCCGCUUCAAGCUCCUCCAUUGAGUACAUGAGGUCCAUGCGGGAGUCCCGGGACGCAGGAGUGGCGCAUUGUAUAGGUGCACAUGUAGCCUGA